AUGGUUUUACCAAGAAGACACUUUCCUAAAAAAACAUACAUCUCUGAACCUUCAAGCGAUGAAGAGAGUUCAGAUUAUGGAAAUUCUGAUAACUCUCAAAUUGAUAAGAGUGUAAAGAUUAAUAAAAGCAUUGAUUUGAGCAACAAUCAGAAUAAAAGUCUUAAUGCAAACCAAAAUAUUAAUAAAAUUAACAAUAUUAAUAAAAAAUAUGAGAUUAUUGAUAUUGAGUCCAAUAAUAAUCAAUCGUCAAUCAUACUUAAUCCAUCUGAUGAAGAAGGCAUAGAGGAAAGCGAUAACCAGAAUAAAAGUGGUGGUGAUGAAAAUGAAUCAGGCAAAUCUGGUGAUUCUGUUCCUGAAUCUGGAUCUGAAUCCGAAUCCGAAUCUGAAUCUGAAUCUGAAUCUGAAUCUGAAAGUGAUAAUGACAAUACUAGUUUGAGAUUGAAACCUGUUUUCAUAAGUAAAAAUAAAAGAAUAAUAAAAUUGAAAAAUCCAUCUCUUGGUAGCAAGAAUAAUGAUCUUAACGAAGAAGAUAAUAACGAUAAUGUUCGUAAAAAAGAAAGAGCAAUCAAAAAUAUUGAAAACACUAUUUUGACUGAAAUACAGGCGAAACGACUACUUGAAGCAUCAAAAGAGGAAGAUUUGGGUAAUAUAGAUGACACAGAUGAUCUCGACCCUGAAUUGGAAAAAAAACAAUGGGAAGAAAGAGAAUUAAAUAGAUUAAAAAGAGAAAGAGAGUUUUUAAGACAAAGAGAAAACGAGUUGAAUGAAAUUGAAAAUUUCAGAAGCUUAUCUCAAGUUGAAAAAUUCAAUUAUUUUCAGAAAAAAAUUGAAACCGAAAAAAUUGAAAAAAUGAAAUUAAAAGAGGAAAAGGAAAAGGAAAAUGAACAAUUACGUCUAAAGAAACUUCAACAAAAUAACGACGAUAAUAAUUUGAGUGAGAAAAACAAAACAAUCAAAUAUUAUCAUAAAGGUGCUUAUUAUCAAGAACAAGAAAUUUUCAAAUCAAGAAAAAUUGAGUCUGUUAGAGAAAUUACAUUCGAUUCAAGUUAUACCGGAGUAAAAAACAGAACAAAAUACAAAGGCUUGGUCAAUGAGGAUACGAGUAGAAAUUCAAACUCAUAUUGGUUCAAAAAUAAUGAAAUAAAUAAAAGGAAUAGUGAAAAACUUGGUGGAAUUGAAACUAAUAAACCGUUUCAAAAAAAGAAAAAAAAAUAG